AUGCUCGGCUGGGCCUUGCAUAAGGCAACGGGCAACGCGCCCCAGAACGCGCCCACUCCUGGUCCAGAUGACACCUUCGUUGAGCAACCAGACACACCCGCCCCUGUAUUUGCAGCACGCGCAUUCAAACGCGCCCUCUUUGGCACGCCUGCCCCUCAGAGGGAAGUCCAGUCUAGGAAGGAGACCAGGGCUGCCGCGGCAAAGUCAGAGAGGCCCAGACCUUCCGCUGGCGACGACAACAAGAGAUUUGAUUCUCCCACAAGACCACAAGGCAUUCUCCUCACACCAGGCACCGGAACGUCGCGUCGGAAACGCGUCUCAUUUGGGCGCGAUGUGAAGCCCAACACCGCCCCGGCCAAUGUUGAAGCCGCCAAGUCACGUCCGCGCACAAAGCUACAGGAAGCCCUCGAGAAGUCGCGCAAAGAGAACAGCCGGCAGUCCAGCGAGGAUGCAGCCAAGAAGCUCAACUUCGACCCAGAAGAGGCUGAGGGCGACGGUGCUUGGGAAGAGGUUGACGAGCUCGACCGCGAGCCCGACAUCACAGUGGACCUAAACGAGCCAAGGUCCCAGUCCGGACAAUACUGGAAGAGCGAGUUUCAGAAGUAUCACGAGGAAGCGCGAGCCGAGAUGGAGAAGCUUGUUAAGUACAAGCAGCUGGCCAAGUCGUAUGCGAAAGCCAAAGACGCCGAGGCUCUCGACUUGAACGAGCGGCUCAAGGAGGAGCAGUCCAAGGUCGACCAGAUGGAGCAGAAGAUCACGGAGCUUGCUGGCCAGGUUACGGCGAGGCAGAGCCAGGGUAAAGACACCCGAGACGACAGAAAGCUCAUGAAAGACCUCACGCGCCAGACGGCCCUGGCCGUACAGUACAGAGAACAAGUUGAAGAGCUGGAAAAGCUACUUCGAGAGUCAGGGUAUGACACUGACGGAAACCGCCGGCGACGCGGUGGUACAUCCCCGAGGACUGCGCAGACACUUCUCGAGACCCAACGAGAGCUUAGGAAGGCCCGUGAGCAAGUCCAAGAGCUGAAUGAUUUGCGCCAUGAGCUCAAAAGUGUCAAAUCAGAGUUGAGCGCGACCGAGCAGCGAGGCCUGAAGCUCGAAGUCGAGAAGAAGAAGGCCAUCGCAGACCUGGCUAAGAGUGAGAUAAAGGUGGCAGAUCUAGAACGGAAACUGGCCAAAGCUGAACACGACCGACAAAGGAAGGAUAACCAGUAUGAAAAGCUCAAAGCCGACUACGAUGCCCUCAAAGAGAAGAACAAGAUGCAACGAGCGCCCAGGACAGUGGACACGCAGCAGCUAAGGGAUGACAUCAAGUUGCUUUCAACCGGACGCGAAGCGCAGAGUCACUGGGAAGAUAAAUUUGUCGAUCUGCAGGUCAAAGUAAGAGAGGAGCAAGACAACCGUCGGCGGACGGUGGAGGAUGCGAGAGCCAUGACCAACAAUCUCAGGCUGGAACAUAAGAGAGCCUCGGAUAGCAGGUCGCUUGGCCAACGGUUUCAAAGCUUGAGAAACAACGGUGAUGACGGGACUGAAGAUAUGACUCAUGAUCUCCUGCAAAUCAGGCCUCGCAUGGAGGACAUGCAAAACGAGACGCCUCUCGUUCGUUCGGCUUCCCGCGCGAGUAAGAGGAAGGCUUCUGGACCGGCUGCUCUUGAGCAUCAUUUUCUUCCUGAAGAAGACUUCACGAUGGACACUCCUAGUCGCAAAAUCAACCGAACUCCUUCGCGAGAGUUCAGAGUGUCAAAGUCUCCACGGGCCAAGAGCAGCAGGGUUUCUGCGAACCCGGCCGCGCUCAAUAGUGAGCCCAAGAGUCCAGCCCUUGGUCUGGGCCGAGACAGGGCGCGGACUUGGAAGCUCGACCCUGUGCCGGACAAGCCACAGCCGGAUGUCAUUUCCUCCAGACCAUCGUCCCUUUCUGCUGAUCGUCUCCCUCCGCACAAGACAACCCACUUUCUCUUCUUGCUGUCCGACUCCGCCCUGCCACUAGGCUCCUUCGCCUUCAGCAGCGGCCUCGAGUCGUACCUCGCUCACAACCGCAGCGCGCCUCAUCCCUCAUCGCAACCGCGCCACUCACAGUUCGACCUGUUCCUGCCCAUCUCAGUUUCCUCCUAUGCAUCCACCACCCUGCCGUUCGUCCUGGCGGCGCACCGCGAGCCCCAGCGGCUCGCCGAGCUGGACGACUACCUCGACGCGGCGGUGAUCUGCACCGUGGGCAAGCGCGCGUCCGUGGCGCAGGGGCGCGCCCUUCUGGGCAUCUGGGAGCGCUCGUUCGCGGCGUCGUCUGCGCUCUCGGCGUCCGCCCGGGAGCACGACGCCUCCUUGCUGAGCCUGGGGGAGUACUCCCGGGCGCUGCGGACGCCGGCCAAGGGGCUUGAUGAGACGGGGCUGCCUCCCGUCGCGGCUCACCUCGCGCCCCUCUUUGGUGUCAUUUGCCAUAUCGUCGGGCUGAGCCUGCACCAGACGGCGUAUAUAUUUAUGCUUGGCCAUGUCAAGGCUCUCAUAUCCGCCGCUGUCCGGGCCAACCUGUUGGGGCCGUAUCAGGCGCAACGGGUGCUGGCGAGCAGCGAGGUGAUGGGGAUGAUUGCUGCGGCUAUUGAUAGGGAAUGGGACACGCCUGUGGAAGAGGCAGGACAGAGUGUUCCGGUGAUGGAUCUCUGGGUUGGGAGGCACGAGGUUUUAUAUAGUAGGAUAUUCAACAGUUAA